CUGUCAUCCGUCAUAGUGUAACAGUAACACUGGCAGAAGUUGUUGCUUUGUUGUCCUAAAGAUGAUUAUAUUAUAAUAUUUAGCUUUUAAAUACUAUUUAUAAUGAAUAAAAUACAGAACGCCAAUGGAAUUUCCAUUCCACAAAAUGACAAAAGUAAAGACUGGCAGUUGGAGAUCUUAAUGGAAAAGUUAAGAUCGAAAGCUUCACAAUUUAAAACUUUACCAGAAAUUUCUAAGAAUGUUCGAAUGACAUUACUUGAAAAAAGAUAUGCUUCUGAUAGUGUAGAGAAAAGCCAACAUCAAAAAUGUUUAGAUACUUUACAGUAUUCUAUCAAGGUUACAUCACUGCAAAGUAUGGUAGAAAGGCUGGAAAGUUUAACCAGGCAACUAGGGUUAAAAUUUGUGGUCGAGCCUUCUGGAGUUUUUAUAUCGUCUGAUAUGUUUUAUUUGGAGAUAGUACUAAAUCCAAAUGGAUGUGUAGAAGAUGUAAAGAUCCAUCACGAAGGCAAGAAAGAGCAACAAAGUUGUACUGAAUUAGUUAAUUGUUUGUCUAAAGGAGAUUUUGCUGAUUUUACUGCCCAGCUAGAAGGAUUUACCUCUAUCUAUCAGUUAAAUGCUGAAAAGAAGAUUAAAUGUAAAGCUUUUACAGCUUUGGAAUGUUUGGAAGCGGACCUAUUAACAUUAGCUCAGUUGCAAAUGUUUACUAAGGAACCUUAUAACUUAAUCCAUAAAUCUCCUGUAGGAAUUCUUGAGAAGAGAAAAGGUGGACAUCCUAUGAAACUUACAUAUUUUGUGUCUCCUUAUGAUCUUCUCAACAUAGAAAAAAAUGAGAUUGAACCAAUUAAGAUUGACACCAUAACCAACAAAGGUUUGGGGUAUAGUGUUACUGUUUGCAUGGAGGGAUCUGCAGCUCAUAAGUUACAAACUACAUCUUUAAUAACCGUUAAUAAUAUUAAUGGAAAAAGUACUCCCUCUUAUACUGCCCUUAACAGUCAGAAUUGUGCAGUUAUACCAGCUUGUUUUUUAUUGAAAUUGAACAAACCACUUCCUAUGUGUCUGGCUUUAGUUAGACAAAUCCAGCAAAUAUAUCCAUGGACCGAAAUAGACACUGCUCCAGUAUACCCUCUACUUAAUCUUAUCGUUACUCAUUGCAGCGAUAAUAAAAUGAAUUCCAGUAAUAAUAAAGGACUCUUUGUUACACUUCCAGAUCAAAAUCAUUGUUACUUUAUGACUGAAAAUAAGAAUAUGGAGGGUGUUUUAGUAACUAGCAUACCUUUUACUCACCCUGCUAACGUUGGUAGUAUUCUAACGAUACUUAGAGAACAAGCUUUGUUUAACACCAUUAUUAGUAGCUGCGUUAGGCCCAAUAGUAAACAAGAUUUUGAAAACAUGACUAUGUUUGAAAUAAGUGCACUUUCAUCAACCCACAUAUCUAUAUCUCUAGAACAUCCUGUAGAAGAAACCAUGGCAACUGCAGAAAUAGAUCUAUCGGAUAUUUCCAAUAUAAUUUGUCGCAUUCAUAAUCCAGGUACUCCACCGCCAGUGGCCACACCAGAUAUCGCUACAGAAUUAUGUUCGAAAAUAUUAAACAAAUCUUUUUCAAUUCCCAUAACUCUAAGAUCUGUGAUAAAAUUGUGGGAGAAACAAUCUAUGCGAAGAAAUCAAUAUGGUGGACAUGAAAAUUUUAAUUUGCCCCUCGGUUCUGGGGAUCCCGGAGGGCCGAAGGAUCCGGCUGGGGCAAAUUUAGUUGAAUUUGGCGGACUCAAUGACAAGAUUAAACAGGAACCGUCCAGUAAUUCCGGGCAUAACAUGAUGAUGCAAGCCAGCCAGGGUAUGUUUUUAAACGAAUCUAUGAUGGCUUCAAAUUUUCAAAACUUCCCACCUUCCGAUGGGGUACUGACGACUUUGGAACUCACUAAUAUCCUCUCUGAAAAUGUGGAUAAAGCGUCCAAGCGUCAAAAGCGUAAACACGAUGACAGCAAUAAAAGUGGCAAACGGAAGGUGGGAGCAGAAGACUCGGAUUUAAUAGAAUCGUCCAGUUGUGAUUCUACUUCAAGGAGUACCCCAUUGUCACAAGAAUUAGAAAUCAGAACCCCGAAUUCUAUAUUGGGGUUUCAAACAGAUCUUGAGCUUUCAGCUUUAGAUCCAAUGGAUAUUCUAAAUUCGGCCGAUAAACCGGAUCCAGAAUUUGAUCAUUUAGAUGAUAUCGAAAUCGAAGAAAUAGCUUCAAAGGAUUUUAAAAAAGAAAAAGAGAAAUCUCCGGGUGUAAGCAGUGAAGUAGAAGAGAAAGCUACUGGAGUAAGCAUUAUUCCUGUUGCUCCCAGUAGCUCAAUAAAAGAAAAGCGUGCGGAAACUGCGCCUAUUUCAAACUCCCUUACAAUAACUCCAAUUCCCAAUCAACCAACAAAAAACCCAGAGGAGAAAUCGAAGGAAAAGAAAAGCAAAUCAAUGCGAGAUGAAAAAAGCAAAUUGGAUAAAAAGAGAAAAAGAAAAAGAGAUGAAAGCCCAAUGGGGCCGCCAGAAAAAGUACCCCAUAAAGAAUUUCUAGCUAAAUCUUCUAGCGGUACUUCUUUGAAAUCUACAGAAUCACCACCUCUUCCUCCUUCAACUCCUUCCUCCCCUAGCUCUACAAAAAAGUUCAGUCCAUCUCCUACACAUAGUCGUCCAGCUUCCAUGAGUGGUAAAUUAAGUCCGAAUAUGAUUAAAUCUAGUCUUAAGUCGAGUUCUUCGCAUCACAGCCCUAAAAAUUCACCAGCACACGUUCCCAGUAGCCCAAAGCAAGGCAUCUCUGAACUGUCCAGUCCAAAACAUCACGGUACUUCCCCGAAACACCCUUCAGCGACGGGUUCGGGGAAACCCAGUAUGUCAGCUUUAAAGAGCGCCGCUAAUUCACCUUCCAGUAAAAGCAGCGAUUCUAAAUCUAAACCCAGUUUAAAAGACAGCUCUCGCGACAAAGAGAAAAAAUCGUCGAGUACCUUUAGUGUUUCAAAUCAAAAAAACAAGAGUUCCUUAAACAAAGUGAAAUCGUUGGAGCUGAAUACCAGUGAUGUGUCAUCAGACGGUCUGCCUUCGCCCAGUGGUAAUAGUGACUCGUCAAAAAGUAGUUCUAAUCAGUUACGUACUAAUCGUAGUAAAGGUUCUUUGUCGGCAAUAGUCGAUAAGUUAAAAGUAAAUGCUCAACAUUGUGAUAGUUCAACGGACUUAAGUAGCAAAUCGAGUAGUAACAAGGAUAGGACUACAAGUAGCAGUGCUAAAUCAAACGAAUCUAGUAAAUCGGUGCUUAAAAUCGGGGAUGCAAAAAACUCGGAGUAUAUGGUUAAGCCGAGUUCGGACGGGAUUAAAAUUACGAUAAAUAAAACUAGGAGUAAGGAUAAUUCUUCGAGUAAAUUAUCAGUUUCAACUCUAGCAAAUAAGGUUAAUACGACGAACUCGCCUAAAACACACACUGGCCUAAAACCCGGAGUAAACAGUGGUCCAGCUUCAAAGAAACCUCAACAAGUUCAAAAAUCAUCCAGCUCAUCUCCCUCUAAUACUGCAACAACAAAUUCUAGUAGCGGUAGUACAAAAAGCUUUUCUCCUAGUUCUAAAUCUUCAUCAUCAAGCUAUUCUAAAACUUCUUCGGGAUCUUCUUCUAGCAGCAAUAGUACAAAUUUGUCCAAAAGCAGUUCAAAAUUGACUGGUUCUCCUAAAAUGAACUCCACCUCAGGAGAUUUAAAUCGAUCUAAAGAUAAAAACAAGUUUAACAAGAGCAAUCCUGAGAAAUCAAUUCUGUCUUCGCUAAAAGAAAGUAGAAAGGCUAGUCCGACACAGUUACGCGAGGAGGUUGAUAAUGUAUACAAGAUGUCACAGUCCAGUUUGAUGGAAGGGAGAAUCAAAACGUUGGACAAGAACUUUCAAAUUCCUAAACUCUCUGCCAGAACUAAUGAUGACAAAAAGACUGUUAGAAACGAUAGUUUAAACGUUAAUAGGAGUAAAGCUGAUCCGAAAUUGUAUGAUAUGGUUACAAAGAACGAUUCAAAAUAUUCGUUGGGUAAUCAAAUACUUGAUAAUUCUGUAGAGAAAGUUAAGAAUAAUAUUAAUAAUUUACCGCCAGGUAUGGGAUGCAAUGAUGAGGAAUCCGGGAAGAAAGACAUUUCUCAGAACCUAUCUAGUAUGCAAGGUAAAGAUGACACGAGUAAGUUGGAUCCUCUCUUAACACCAAAACUGUAUUCAGAGCCUCUGAGCUAUUCAUCGAAGAAUGUAGACUUCCCUCCGACAAAAUUUAUCGCACCCGCACCGAAGGACGAAAGAAAAGACUCAAGAAAAAACGACGAAGUGUUGGAUUUUAGCUCAAAGCCCUUACAACCGUUACCUCAAUCUCCAUCCGUCAGUGUUCAUAUAGUGAAAUCGCCAGCACCGAGCCCUUUAAUCAAUCCCAGUCCCCAUUCGGCCUCGCCGGGAAUCACAGACGACGAAUUGAUGGACGAGGCGUUAGUGGGAAUGGGCAAAUAGUUAUUCGUGAAAUUAAAACCUAAAAGGGUUAAGGGAUAAAUAUCUAACUAAUAUUAGUUCUAUUCUUUGACUUGCGGAAUGCUUGAGAGAUGUGAACUGGUAUUGGUAUCUAGUCAAAAAUUUGGUAUUUUUUGGUUCGUUCGUUUGAAAAACAUCAAGACUGAUGACAGAUUCUAGAAAAGGGCCUUUUUAUAACAUAAAACAUGAAAUUACCAAUUUGAUACUUGUUCGUUUAAGACUCAUAUUUUUAUUAUUUCUGGUAUAGGGUAUACUCGUAGAAACCUGUUUUAUCUAAUAAUAUUAGGUAAUAAUAAAAAUCAAAUUGUCCAGCUA